AUGGCAGCAGGCCUGCGCCUGGCUGCGGCGCGGUCCGUGCCGGCCAUCUCCACGAAGGGUUUCUCCAUGAUGUCUGCAGAAGUGCAGAGCCCGUCAUCGUGGACGCCGCCCGCCAAGGUGGAGAUGUCAUUGGCGCCAGUGAAAGAAAUACAGGUUGAGCCUGUGGUGGAGAUCACUUAUGAGGAGUUGAAAAGUCUCACGCCCGAUGUUCUUGACAAGCUUCGCAAGGCCUUUUCAGGCCCACGCGCCUACGGAGCUGUGGCCAUCACGGGCAUCCCGGGUUACGCCGAAAAACGUCGCAGGGCAUUUCGAGCAGGCAUCGAUUUGGCACUCUUGGACCCACAGGGUCGUGAACGAGCGGCGGCUGUGAACAACACCUACCCUGGUUGGAGCGGUACGCCAGGCAGUGAGACGCAUCCGUUGCAGAACAGCUUUCUGUUCAACGUGAAGGAGGAGCUCCCGGAAGGCAAAGUCGAUCCCUUUUUUGGCAAGAACAUCUUCCCCAGCGAGGAGUAUCGUCAGACGUGGGUGGAGUUUGCAACUUCCAUGUACGGCGUGGCUGUGGAUGUCCUGCGUGGUUGCGACAAGGUGAUGGAACAGGACGUGCCUUCCUGGUCGGAGUCGCCCCGCAGCCUCGCAAAGAUGGGCGACGAUGGACCGGCGCUUGCCGGCCGAUUCAUCUGCUAUGACUCCGGCUUCACUCGAGAAGAUCGGCUCCUUGAAGUCGCCAAGGAGAGAAACAACUUGGCUACCGGAGAUGUGCCAGACCUGUCGGAGCCUGCCAAAAUGUCCGGUAGGCCGGGUGAUUACUGGCUCCCCUGGCACGUGGAUUCCAAUUUUGUAACCAUUCUCCACAAGGAGAUGUACGCCAGUGAAGCCACCGGCGCUUUCCUCUCAGAGCCGGCAGGGGCCGGGCUGAUGAUGAUGAACGAGGUUGGGGAGACGACGAUGUUCCAGUGCUCCGACCCCGAUGCUAUGAUUCUCCAAAUGGGUGCGUUCGCACAGAUCUAUACAGGGGGCGCCAUGAGCUCUUGUCGACAUGCUGUACUCAACACUCUGCAGCCAGGGGUCGCCCGUUUCAACUACUGCAAUUUUUGGUACGUGCCGUGGGACACGCUGUGCGAGCCCCCCCCUGGUAUGGAAAGCACAGCCGUCAGCAAGGGCUGGAAUGCCAUGAUGGAUGAAAGCUACCUCAACAUUACGAUGAGGCAGAGCUUCUCCGCAUUCCGACAGUUCAUGGUGUCGCCGGAGGCUCGAAUUCAGUUUGUCAACUCCGAGCGCUUCAAGGAACUGUCGGCGAUCCUCCCUUUGGAGAAGAAGCCACGUGCGCGGGGUGUCCCGGACAGCAAGCCGGACAUCCAGAUCGACCUCUUGACCGACGUGCGGUGCCCCUUCUCGUUCAUCAGUCAGACGAACUUGCAGGCAGCAGUCCGGAAUUUGGAGAUGCAAGACCAUGUCAACUUGCGCUUCCACCCAAUCUUCCUCAAUCCCAAUGUCUCCAAGGAGGGCGAGAGUUUGGACGACUACCUGUGGCGCGAGUUUGGGUACACCAAGGAGUAUGCCCACUCAGAGAAUUAUCCGCUGCGGCAAGCUGGCGUGAAGGCAGGUAUUGCUCUGAAUCCCAAUCGCCGGGUGGUCAACACCUUCGACGCCCAUUGCCUGAUCGAGGUUGCGCAGGCACAGGGCAAGCAGGAGGCACUGGAGCAGAUGCUUUCCCGAUUGUACUUUGAGGAGGCCAAGGACAUCUCGGAUGUCAACGUCCUGGCUGCAGCAGCUGCUGAAUGCGGCGUUGAUGCGACACUCGCAUCAGCACCCGAGACGAAGGCUGCGGUGCAGAAGCGCUACGAGGACUUGUCCUCCAUGCUUGGAGAAGUUCCGCAUUUCUUGCUCCGAGAAGAGAUCUCGGGAAACGGCAUGGAGAUGAACGGCCUGAAAAGCGUAGAGGAGUGGGAAGAGGUGCUAAAGCAGGUGGUGGAGCGCGGUCAGUUUGUCGGUGUUACGAUCGAUGGACCCCACGGAAAGAAGGUCCGCCUGGAUGAAGCAAAUCCCUAUUCGGCCGUAAGCCAUGCAAUGAAUGCGCAGCACGGAUGGAAGCCAGCCGGCUGGCCUUACGAGGCCGAAGAUUUCGCACGCAUGGACGAGAGCCCGGACACCAUGAUGUACGCGGAACCGCGGCUGGUGGAGCACCUCGAUGACGCCUCGCUGGAGCGGCUGAGUGGUGCCUACGAUGCCUUCUUCAAGGCAUGCCCAGAGGGCUUCGCAGUGUUGGAUUUGUGCUCGAGUUGGAACUCGCACUACCCGGAAGAGGCUUUGCGAGCCGCAUCGCGGGUAGCAGUACAUGGCUUGAAUUCAGCAGAGCUGGAGGCAAACGUGCAGGCAACUGAGCGCCAUGUGCAGGAUCUCAAUUCGAAUCCUGUCCUGCCCUGGAGCUCCGACAGUUUUGACAUCGUCACGCUUGCGCUCAGUGUUCAAUACCUGACGGACCCCCGCGCUGUCUUCACGGAGAUCAAUCGUGUGCUGAAGCCCGGUGGGCUCGCCGUGGUUGCCUUCUCCCAUCGUGCAUUCAUUGAGAAGGCGGUGCAGGUUUGGGCAGCCGAGCCUGACGACGGCGAGGGGCACGCACACCUCGUGAGCCGCUACUUCCAGCACGGGCCAUGUGGUGGCUGGGAGAAGCUGGCGACAGUGGAUGUCAGCCCACAACAUGGGGAUCCAGUUUGGCUGGUGACUGCGGUGAAGCCGAAUUCGCAAUAG